UGUCAGACCGUCGAUUCGUGUCGGCGUAGUUUGUUUGUAUGAAAAGUUUCGUGUUUUCCUCAAGUUUAUUUGGUGUUGCUGCAGAAUUUGUUAUUUUCCGUGUUUUCAUGUAGCUUAUGCGUGUAAAAUCGUUUUAAAAAGUUAAAAUCGAACACCUUUCCCGGUGUGUCGUCAUCGGUAUCGGCCAUCAUGGUAGACGAUCCGCACUUUAUCGACGCCAUGGUUCAGGAGCUGAAGUCUCAAGGUCUUUUCGAUCAGUUCCGGAAGGAGUGUUUGGCCGACGUGGACACGAAACCUGCUUAUCAGAACUUGCGGCAGCGCGUGGAAGGCACGGUGAACAAGUUUCUCGGUCAGCAGGAAUGGUCCGAUAACAUACGGUACAAAAAUCAACUGAGAGAUCAGCUGCGCAAAAACAUCAUCGAGUCUGGGUUUCUCGAUGCCGGCGUGGAACGUAUCGUGGACCAGGUGGUGAAUCCAAAAAUAGCCACCAUAUUUCAGCCGAAAGUGGAAGAAAUUGUGUACAACUAUCUUGGAAUCGAAAAACCAAAGUCUUCGUUCAACGGGAACGAGCAUCCCGUUACGCAUGCCGAAUCCUUGCUGGAAGAUCUGGAAGCGGUAAGUCCGGAUUCGGACAAAAAAUCGGAUGGCUGCCUUACACCUUCGCCACCACCCCAACCACCACAACCGCCGCCGCCCGCCGAAGAACCGGACGAACAUGUGGUGGAAAAUAUGGACAUCGACGAGGAGGAGGAGGAUGAUGAUCCGAUGGAUGAAUCUAAAGAGCAGGAUGAUUUUGAAUCGCCCGCCUUCGAACCGCUGGAAGUGCGGUCACCGAGCAAAACGAAGGACGAAACGAACGACGAAUCUAACUCGUCCGUCAUCAGCGGGCUAACAUCGCAGGAAUCGGUAAAGAGCUGCGAUGAUCGGGAGGAUAGUCCUGCGCCUACCAAUGCCAAGCAAUCUACUGAUGUGCCUCCAACCAAUGAGCAGCAAACGCCGACAACGAAAGAUUCCGAGUUUAGCCAGGAAGUUGCACCGACAAACGAUUCUCAGCUGUCGCAGGUUUCCAGCAACAGUCAGCUACUGACGGCAACUGCACAAUCCUCUAGUGAGGAGGUACAACCGCCGAAAGAGAACGAACGGCUGGACAUUACGGAAGAAGCGCAAAUGCCUACCCUGUUUAGCAGUUCAAUGGACAAGGUGUCUAGCUCCAAUGAGGGAGAAAACGAUGGCGCGGAAGGAAGCAAGAAGAUAACGUUCGAUUUCAAGAAGGAUGAGUACGAUUUCGUGGGCACUGGGCGCCCGUCGGCAAUGGCUUCUACUGGCGACGAGAGUUUGGGUGAUGCCAAUCGAGAACGGGACCAAGAAGAUGAUAGCACUCCAACGGUCACCCCUACGGAAACACCAACAGAAACGCCGGAAAAGCCCAAAGACGCCGACCAGCCAAAUAUUGCGCUGCAAGACGAAGAGACAUCGCAAUCGGAACAUUCACUUAAAAUUUGUGAAGAUACGUUCAGCGAUGAUAAUACAAAAGAUUCACGGUCGCAAGAGGACCAAGCAUCGGCACGCGACAGUCCGUCGAAAAUUAAAGGCCUUUCCGAUGCCAGCAGCUGCAGCGUGAAGAGUGAUCCGGGUCGCAAAAAUAUUCCUUCAAGCCCGGUAGAAAAACACGCCGAAAAGACAGACGAAACGGAACAAGAGCAGGAGAAGGAGGAGGAGGAGGAGGAGGCAGCAGAGAAGAAGGAAGGGGAAGAGAAAAACGGCGAGGAAGAAACUAUCGCGCAGAAAGAUAAGGAUGAUAUCGCACCGAGCAAAGAAGAUGAUCACUAUCAGGAACACAGCAAGCAUCAGAACAACAACCGUCGAUCUAGCGAUCGUGAUUCGGAGGAUGGUAAUGAUAAGCAUGGUUCCGGUGGAUCGGGCCCACCACCACCCCCACCAUCCGAUGGUAAUGCGUGCACCGAGGAGAAGCUGCCCUCCUCGCAGGAAUCUUCCGACAAGGCACCAGAGAAGGAAAAGUCCCCUCCAAAGGAUGCAACGGACGCGGUUCAAUCGCCGACCUCAAGCAAGAAGCGUGAUCGCAGCUACCGCUCGGUGACACCGUCCGGUGGUCGUACACCGAUCGAUUCCUCCUCUUCCGGCAUCCAGUCGGGCGAUGAUUCGGAGAAAAGUCCCGAAACGUUAAAAUCAUACAGCAAACCGGAAUCGAUCGUACUUCCCGUACAGCCGGUCGUUAUCGAUCAAAUGCUUACGAGUGCGGAUGAUUCGAAAAUCGAACGUCUGCUGAAUGGGGAAACGCAAACGAACGAUGCCACGCUGGAAUCGCUGCAGCGCCAGUGGCAGUCAUCAACGGAGGGCAAGAUACGGAAGCCCAUAUUCGCCUCGAACUUCUUCGAGGCGCGCCGGCUGGUAAGGGUACGCAAGAAGAUGCAACGCCACGAGCAGAAGUGCCGCGAAAAGGCACUGGCGAUGGCGAAAAAGUACAUCAACGAAAACAAAGCAUUCGCCGGCCACGGUAUGGAGGAUCAGGGUAUCGAGCUGGAAUUUGUGUGCGAUGGGAAACGAAAAUCCCCCGGACCGAUGAUAUCGUCACCCGUGCCUAAGGUAGAACCGGCUACCGCUGUGGAGCAAGCACCGCAGCCAGUCCCCGAUCCGGAGCUACUGUACUUCCCCGAAGAGCGGGAAGUGUAUGGGUUCGAUGAGCAGCGUCUGAACUUUUUGCGCUCCAAAACGGACGGUGUUACGUUCGGGAAGAACUUCAAGGUGCAGCACUACCGAACGAUAAUCUGUUCGCUUACCGUCGCCACCGCACCAACACCGAGAGUUUCCAAACGGCCCACAACCAGUGCGUUCGGGAGCGCCAAGAUCCGGCGUACCGAGGCGCUUAACGGCGUAACGAAGAAGCUCGAUCUGAGUGCGGACGGUGGGAAAAAUGGGACCAGUAUGGCGAUGGGUAAACAGCGGUCGAUCAGAAGCCGAUUGGUAGAGAAAAGCACUCCACCAUCCGUGGGAACGGAUGCUUAGGGUAGCGUAGGUAGGUCCUAGCCGGACAAAGCUCCAGUGUGCAGUUUGUUAACAUGGUUUUUUGAGCAGUAGAGGUGAACUUUUGUGAGUUGUAUUGCUAGUUGCAUGGGAAUCAAUAAAAGUUCAGUUGAACUCGGAUCUAUACAUUCCGUUUUGCAGUGAA